CACAAUGGGACGCCUGUGUCUGUUCCUAGUUGUCACUCUUUCCCUACUCAUCUGCCAGGUCUUGUGCUCCGGAGUGUUUGAGUUGAAGUUGCAGGAGUUUCUCAAUAAGAAAGGGGUGACGGGGAACGCCAACUGCUGCCCAGGAGGCUCCGUACCCGGGCAGGCUUACCAGCAGUGCGAGUGCAAGACUUACUUCAGAGUCUGCCUGAAGCAUUACCAGGCCAACGUCUCCCCCGAGCCUCCCUGCACCUACGGCGGGGCUGUGACGCCCGUCCUCGGCUCCAACUCCUUCCAGGUGCCGGAGACCAACGCGGACAGUUUCACCAACCCCAUCCGCUUCCCCUUCGGCUUCACUUGGCCGGGAACAUUUUCACUGAUCAUUGAAGCUCUGCACACUGACUCCCUGGACGACCUGACAACAGAGAACCCAGAGCGUCUGAUCAGCAGGAUCACCACUCAGCGUCACCUGACCGUGGGAGAGGAAUGGUCCAACGACCUGCAGACCGCCGGCAGGACUGAGCUGCGUUACUCCUACCGCUUCCUGUGUGAUGAGCACUACUAUGGCGAGGGCUGCUCCGUCUUCUGCCGGCCCCGGGACGACGCCUUCGGACAUUUCACCUGCGGGGAGCGAGGAGAGAUCAUAUGCAACGCCGGCUGGAAGGGACAGUACUGCACAGAACCGAUCUGCCUGCCCGGCUGUGAUGAAGAGCAUGGCUUCUGUGAUAAGCCCGGAGAGUGCAAGUGCCGCGUGGGCUUCAGUGGUCGUUACUGUGACGACUGUAUCCGUUACCCUGGCUGUCUCCAUGGCACCUGCCAGCAGCCGUGGCAGUGCAACUGCCAGGAGGGAUGGGGCGGGCUCUUCUGCAACCAGGAUCUGAACUAUUGCACACACCACAAACCGUGUCUUAAUGGAGCCACAUGCACCAACACCGGUCAGGGCAGCUACACCUGCUCCUGUCUUCCUGGUUAUGCAGGUGCCAGCUGUGAGAUCCAGGUCAAUGAAUGUUCUGGAAACCCCUGUCGCAACGGAGGCAGCUGCACCGACCACGACAACACCUAUAAGUGCACCUGCCCACCUGGUUUCUAUGGCAACAACUGUGAGUUGAGCGCCAACACUUGCGCAGAUGGGCCUUGCUUCAACGACGGGCGUUGCGUCGACAACCCCGAGGGCGGCUACUUCUGUCAGUGCCCGAUGGGAUACGCCGGCUUCAACUGUGAAAAGAAAAUCGAUCACUGCUCCUCCAACCCCUGUGCAAAUGGUGCAGAGUGUGUUGACCUGGUAAACUCGUACCUCUGUCAUUGUCUGGAGGGAUUCUCGGGUCCAAACUGUGAGGACAGCAGCAGCGUCUCCGGCCACUGUCUGUCCUUCCCCUGUCAGAACGGAGGGACCUGCCAGGAGGGAGUGAACGGCUACACCUGCACUUGCCCCCCAGGUUACACUGGCAAGAACUGCAGCACCCCGAUCUCCCGCUGCUACCACAACCCCUGCCACAACGGAGCCACCUGCCACGAGCGUGGAGGCCGCUACGUGUGUGCCUGCGUGCCCGGCUACGGCGGUCACAACUGCCAGUUCCUCCUACCAGAGGCUCCCAAGGGUCAGCCGGUGGUGGAGGGGCCAGAUCGGCGAUAUUCCUCAAAAGAGAAUGGCAUUGGUCAAGACGACGAGGGCGAUGACGAUAUGGGAUUCCCCUGGACGGCUGUGUGCGCCGGCAUCUUCCUUGUCCUCGUGAUCCUGAUUGGCUGCUCGGUCCUGGUGGUUUUCAUCCGUGUCAAACUGCAGGAGCGGCACGGUCACCACAGCGACAGCAUCCACAGCGACAGCCACGAGACGAUGAACAACCUGACGACGACCAACAACUGCCUCCGCAGCGACAAGGAACUGGGUGCUGUGAUGACGGCGUCGAUCAAAAACACCAACAAGAAAGCGGAUUAUCACAUGGAGCUGGCCGGGUCACUGGGCGGUCUGAGUGGGCUCAGCGGGCUCAGCGGGUCUGAAAAGAACGGCUUUAAGACUCGCUACCCCAGUCUGGAGUACAACCUGGUCCACGAGCUCAGGCCGGAGGAGCUGUCUCUGUGUAAAGAAGAGGAGCAGGACGACUCCGAGGCCAAAUGUGAAAUGCUGGACGAGUCGGACACAGAGGAGAGGAACAGGAAGAGACUAAACAGUGACGCAUCAGAAAAGAAACAAGCGGAAGAGUCGCCGUGCUGCAGUGAAGCAAAAUAUCAGUCAUCAGUUGAUUUGAAUUAUCACCCGGCCAGCGACGUUAAAUACCACUGCUCCAGCGACAGCCGGUACCAGUCCACCACUGACACCAAAUACCAGUCUGUCUACGUCAUAUCUGACCAGAAGGAUGAGUGCAUCAUCGCUACUGAGGUAUGAUACCAGUGCAGACCAGAGUGGAUCAGAGCUAGCUGAUGAAACUGGUUGCUGCUGGUCCAUGGCCAGCCCUGAGCAGUAGAGCUCACCUUGUCUCUGGGAGGUUUUA